AAACACCAUUGGCGAAGCACACGAUCAUUACACUGCGAGACUUUGGUUGACCAUGCAGCUGUUUGUGCGUGCUCAGACUCUCCACACCUUUCAGGUGUCUGGGUUAGAAACUGUCGCUGACAUCAAGGCUCAUAUUGAGGCAUUGGAGGGACUCUCCUGUGAUGACCAGGUGGUUUUUCUGUGCGGGGAACCUCUGCAGGAUGAUGCUGUGAUUGGCCAAUCGGCACUGGAGUUCAGCACUCUUGAGGUUACCCCCCGACUGUUGGGAGGCAAAGUCCAUGGCUCCUUGGCCAGAGCGGGGAAAGUCAGGGGACAGACUCCCAAGGUGGAUAAGCAGGAGAAGAAGAAAAAGAAGACUGGUAGGGCUAAAAGGAGGAUCCAGUAUAAUAGGCGCUUUGUGAAUGUGGUACCAACAUUUGGCAAGAAGAAGGGACCCAACGCCAACUCAUAAAACUAUUUGCCCAAAGCCUUGUGUCUGCUGUCUCAUCACAGUUCAACAUUGACAUGACCAUUCAUGCAGUGUGAGAAAUGGAUCUGUCAUUUAUAAUUACAUUUGUCACUGGACUGAUUGUCACUGUGAUGAAAUACAAUAAAACUCAGUGAGGAAAGAGUGGUACUCUGCACCAAUUUGAUGGUUCCUUUACAUUGGGAGAAUUG